UAGACAGCUCUGUGGCUUCGAUUUGACAUCAGCUGAUCUGCCGACAGCCCAGAUCCGAGAGAGGUGGUCUCAGGGUGAAGACGCUCCGUUAACGUAUCUAUGUCAUGAUGGUGCUUGUAUUAAUUGUCGCUGGUCUUGGAGUUGUAACACUGUUGAUGGUGUUAUUUGCACCUCAUAUUAGAAAAUAUGCAGCUGGUGGAUACUGCCAGUCCAUGGCUCGACUAGAUGGGAAGACAGUGUUGAUAACUGGAGCGAACACAGGCAUUGGCAAGGAGACUGCCCUCGACCUGGCAAUAAGAGGGGCUCGAGUCAUCAUGGCCUGCCGGGACGUGGAGAAGGGAGAGGAGGCAGCGGAACACAUUCGAGCCGUCUACAGCGACGCCCGGGUGGAGGUCCGGGAGCUGGACCUGGCCGACAGCUGCUCCAUCCGUGCCUUCGCACAGAAGUUCCUCAGCGAGGUGAACCAGCUGCAUAUCCUCAUCAACAAUGCUGGAGUGAUGAUGUGCCCCUACAUGAAGACCACAGAUGGCUUUGAGAUGCAGCUGGGAGUCAACCACCUGGGUCAUUUUCUGUUGACGUACCUCUUGAUUGGCCUGCUGAAGCGCAGUGCUCCCGCCCGCAUCGUUGUGGUGUCCUCUCUGGCCCACAACUUUGGCUGGAUCCGCUUCCACGACCUGCUCAGCCAGGGCAGCUACAACAGCGGCCUUGCCUACUGCCAGAGCAAGCUGGCCAACGUGCUGUUUACCAGGGAGUUGGCACGCAAGCUCAAAGGCUCCAGCGUCACAGUGAACUCUGUGCACCCGGGGUCUGUGCGCUCGGACCUGAUCAGACACUCCACCAUCAUGACCUUAAUGUUCACCGCCUUCUCCAUGUUCCUGAAGACACCGAGUCAGGGAGCCCAGUCCUCCAUCUACUGCGCCGUGGCCGAGGAGCUGCACUCCAUCUCUGGAAAACACUUCAGUGACUGCGCCCCGGCCUUCGUCGCUCCGCAGGGCAGGAGCGAGGAGACGGCACGUAAACUCUGGGAGAUCAGCUGUGAGCUGCUGGGCAUCGAGUGGGACUGAGCCAGCCUGGAGCACAUGUUCCUGUCUCAGUCCUGAGGGCAGAUAUCUACCAUCUCAGUCCUGAGGGCAGAUAUCUACCAUCUCAGUUGGGAGGGCAGAUAUCUACCAUCUCAGUCCUGAGGGCAGAUAUCUACCAUCUCAGUCCUGAGGGCAGAUAUCUACCAUCUCAGUUCUGAGGGCAGAUAUCUACCAUCUCAGUCCUGAGGGCAGAUAUCUACCAUCUCAGUCCUGAGGGCAGAUAUCUACCAUCUCAGUUCGGAGGGCAGAUAUCUACCAUCUCAGUUCUGAAAGCAGUACUUCUUUUUGUUCUAUUCGGUUGUGUAUUUAGCAUUUUCAUAAUUUCAUGUAUUGAUAUACCUUACCUUUAACUACAGCUACCUAUGGAUGGACAGUCUGGUAACACUGUACGAUACUGUGAAAGGUCGAGCCAGGGUCUAUCAACAACCUCCUUUCCGAAGUUUCAUUUUAUUUUAAUAUAUAUAUAUAUAUAUAUAUAUUAGAUUUCUCUGGACCAUUCCAAGCUUGGUGGUCCAGUUUUCCUGUUCUUCUUGCUUUGUGUUUUAUUCUCAAGCCUUCACUUCAUGCUAAGCUGCCAGGGUUUUACAGUACCUGAUGUCUUUUAUACAGAUGUGAAACAUGCCUUUAACUAUUUGCAUUCAUG